GGUAUCUGUAUAGACUUAAUUAUGCACUGUAAAAAUCACCUUUGGAGUCUGAAAUGUUGUGACCACAGAAAUCUUAAUGUCUCCCGCCACUCAGUAAUGUGUUUAACUUAUUCUUACCUUACUUGGAAGUUUGAGCUGCACUGUAACUAUAAGGGACUUUUCAGGUUCACCUGCUGAAGAUGGAAAGUUUCUCUUUGCUCACCUUAAAUCUGAGUAUAAGACAUGCUCGUACCAUCAAUCUGAGCCGUCCACUGGACAAACACUGAGACUGGACUGGAUUCUCAGUAAAGUAGGAGACAUCUCGUGUCCAGCAGUUAAACUUUUUCUAAUUUAAAAAUAUUAACAUAGCCAUAGAUUCUGUUUUUCUGCAAAGAGUGAGAAUGAGAGAAGAUGUAAACCAUGUCUACAAAUUCUAGAGUAUUUUUAUAUAUAUUCAAACAUGUCUGGAAGUUCUCUUAAUCAUGUACCUGAUGAGAUUCUGUUUAUUUCCAGUGCAUCUGCACUUUGAGGCAUCUGUUUUGUAUGGAACGUUUGAUUUCAACAUAUUCUUAAAUGCUUAAAUUAUUCUCUCAGGGGAUCAUCUGGCAGAGCACAGCUGGGGUUAUCAGUAGCUCACAGGACAGUGAAUAUAUGCUGGUGAGUCACAGCCAGUCGGUUUGUGGCAGGCCGUGAAGAGAAACACCUGAAGACAAAGUAAAGGUUGAGGGUGGACUGGGAGACUCUGACAAGAAGGAAAGAGAAAAAACAAGAUAAGAGCCAUCUAGAGGAUGAAGUGUGUUGCUGUUGUUGUGUUGCUGAGUCUUCUGUCGCUGGGACACUCGACUCCUCUGAGCAGCUGUGACAGUCUGGUUAAACCAAUACCUAUCAGCAAUGAAGACAUGUUGGGGAGGUGGCUGUACAUCGGAGGGAGCUCUGACCUCCCAGGAAGCCGUUCCCUGGGCCACCUGCUGACCAGUGUCUGGCUGGAUGUCACUGCAACCAGCCAGAGCAACAUCCUCAAUCUGGUCCAGACUCAGAGAAUUUAUGGUGAAUGUUCCAGCUUGACAUACAAUGUGACCUUUGAAAACAGCACGAUGUUAAUUGAGCAACCUUUCUACCUCAAGGAAGUGUACCUGGCAACUGACUGCUCCGACUGUCUGGUUGUCUAUGAAAAAGUUAUCUCUGGAUCAGAUACUUUCACCAGUCUUCUGCUUUUUAGCAGGAGAAAGAGUGUCUCAACUGCUGAUCUGGUGAUGCUCAAGAGACAAGCAGAAUGUCUCCGGAUGCCGUCGCCCAUAAUGAUAGACACAAACUACGAAAUCUGCCCAGACAACAUCUCGCCAUCAGAAGGCCUCAUUGCCCUCAACACCUUAUUAGAGGCCAAGAUGGGACACCGGGUAGCAAAACUCCUGGAUACUCUUUUUGAUAUUUUUGUGAACUGAUUUAUAAUUAGCUUUGAUCUCUGCCAUUAGUCAUUUUUGAUGAGAAAGCACAAAAAAAAAAAAUCCUGAUAUGUAAUUUUUAAAUUUUUUAAAACAAGACUUUUUUUUUGUUUAUUACACAAAUACCCUUUGAGGAGAUAUAUUAUGUGUUAUAUUACACUGUGGUAAAUAUUCUAUAGCUACUUAAAAUUGAAAUUAUUAUUUUAGCAAACUUAGCAAGAUUGUUUAUUCUUUGAUGACUAGGGAAUGUGUUGGAGCCUGAACCCUUGCAGAAUAAACACAUAAUGGAAA